AUGUUGUCCAAUUCCGAUUCACCGAACGGCUUGUCCUUAUGGACCAGUUGGAUGUUACGUCUACUCAUCCUCUCUGGCAUGGCUUGCUGGUGCAUGUCCAGUGUACAAAUUGUCCCCCGGUUCACCAGUUUACCCCCAACCGUGUCCUACUUUAUUCCGAGUGCAACGGAACCCGAUCCGGUUGAUCUCAUCUGUCGUGCCUGGCCACCGAAUGCCAAACUGUCUUUACUUGCUACCCAGCUCACAGCCCCAGUGCAAAUGGCCGAGCACGUUCCAGGUACGGCAUCUAGUCCGGGUGCUCAACGUGCCAACUCAUUACUGCCUAUCCCUCAAGGAUUAGCAAGUCAACGCUAUGCGGUGCUCACAACCGCACAGUUAUCCACAAACCAUGCAGGCACUCCGGUCUCCGAAGCGCAUAUGCGUUCGUUGAUCAGUNUGAUCAGUCACGAGACACUGGUCGAUGCGGUACGCGAGCGUCCGGCUGCAGCGCCAUCCGAUGAAGUGGCUGUACGUCUCACGGUGACUAAUUUGGCUGAUGUGCGUCAGCUUGAGGUGAUGCGGCUUCAUUGUCUCGUGAGCACGGCGUUUGGACGUCUGCUGAGCACUCCGUUUCAUAUUAUCCCAACAAGUCUGGGUGAUUUUCCCCAAUCGGCCUCUGGUCAAAGCAGUUCAUCUUCACCAAUGCGAUAUUCGGUCGAGUUCCUGAGCAACAAUAUAGCUGUUGUGGAUUGUCACUUACCGUUGAACAGUUUCCCGAUUCCAACCGUCCAGUUCGAGCUGAAUGGUACCUUGCUGGAUAAUUCAGUGCCUACAAGUCCCGUACAGACUCGAAUCCUGGUUCCCCUCGCUUCCAGUUCAUCACAAGAUCAGGGACUUAGCAAAUCGCAAGAGAUCAUUGUGGACGAGGGUCAGAAUGUCACACUGUUCUGUAUCAUUCAGAGUGCUCCUCCGCCCACCGUGGCCACUUAUCCGUUCAAUCAGAAUUUCACUCACGAUACGCGUUUCCAACUGGACGAGAAAUUCGCUCGUCUUCGUUUCGAAGUGAAACCGCAAGAUGCGAAAGUGGGACGAUUUGGUGACGGUGCUCAGUUCAAAUGUGCCUCUUCCGACGCACAAGUCACACCGUACUGGCUAUUCAACGGUCGGCCCAAAAUGAACAACGGUAUUGGACGAGGUAUGUGUUAUUGUUGCUUGUUUGCUUCCUACACACGUCUGUCUUACGUUCGAACGCUAGUCAAAAUCAAGUCCAGAAAAACUGUUCUAUGUUGCAUCUCGGCGGGUAGUGGGUAA